AUGGACCGCCUUCUGGGCGAGAUCGCCACCGCAGUGCGAUCACCCCGGGCAAACGCCGCGGCCUUAGAGCGCCUGAAUCUAGAUUUCAAUCUGAAAUUGAAAAAUUCCAGUGACCCUAUCCGCGACGGCUUGGACACCAUCAGCCCUGCAGUGUUCGUUCACGUGCUUGAUUCGCUGCUUGUGCGCCGCGGCCGCGCGAGCGGCAAUGCCGGGGCGCCAAGCAGUGCCUUCGAUGCAGCUGUCAGCCGAUUCGAGGGCUCCGUGAUAAGGGUCCUGCACUUCGUCGCCGCUCGUGGCAGCGGCGCGUAUGACGCUCUCCGCACGCCCGCCUGCGCAGCCGCCGCCGCCGCCGCGGCCGCUCGUGCGGACGCGGCCGCGUGCGCCGCGGGCGCGUACACUGCAGACGGAGGCGGCUACGUCGGGUUCACAGGGCGGAGGCGCGUGCUGCUGCUCAACCGGAUUGUCAGGGAGACCCUGCACGAAGACGCCCACGCCGCGCUGCCCGCCGCCGCCGCCGUGCUGCGGACGCCCGGCGCGCCCGAGGCGCUGCUGCGCGCCGGGCUGCUGCCGCCGCCGAGCGAGGCGGAGGAGCGCGGCUGCUGGCGGCGGUGCGAGCGGAAUUCGCUGGAGGGGGACCAUCUGUGGCCGUUCCUGAGUCUGGUUCACAUGAUCACCAACGUCGCGGAGCAUGUCGCUGACGGCACGCUGCAGCCCGACGCCGACAGCCGCGCCGCCCUCGCGGCGUGGGCGGCGGCGCAGCCGCGCGUCGCGCCGCUGUUCAUUGACGUUCUCAGGACCCGCCUCGCGCAGGGCGCGGUAGGCGCGGAGCCCGCCGCGAUGCUGGCCGGGCUGCUGCUGCGCCCUAGCGUCGCGCAAGGGGCAGAGGCGCCGAUCAGCGCCGCGUUAUUGGCGCACGCGCCGGCCAUCCUACCGAAGCUCGCGGCGCACACGCAGCAACCAGUCGUGUGUCAAGCGACUCGGAGCAUGGCGUGGUGCGCCAUCGCAAGCCUGCUAUCCUCCAACAGCCGCGCCGCGGUCGUCGCCGCGUGCGGGAGGGAUCUAGCCAAGCACGCGCUCGCCUUCCUCGGCCGCCCUGCCCGCUGGGCCGCCAGCAGCGGCGCCGCGGCCGCCCCAGGCCCCGAUGCGCCUAUGGACGACAGCGUCGACGCCUUUGCGCUCAACGACGCCUCCCGCGUGCUGUUUGAAGUGGCGCGCGCGGAGGCGACGGCCGUUUUUGACGGCCGCCUGCCCCUCAGCUGCGUUGCCGCAGUGCCUGAGGGACCGGCGGGGCGCGCGGCGCUGGUUGAGAAGGAGGCGCGAGACGCGCUGGCGCACCUGCGCUCCAGGCGUCAGGCGUUGGGGCUGACGAUUCAAGAGGCGAGGCUGGCGCACAAUCAGCAGGAGCAGCAGCAGGAGCAGCAGCAGGAGCAGGAGCAGCAGCAGGAGCAGGAGCAGCAGCAUGCGCAGCAGCAGCAGCAGCAGCAGCAGCAGCAGCAGCAUGAGGAGCAGCAGCUUGAGGAGCAGCAGCAGCAGCAGCAGCAGCAGGCUCAGCCAGGACAAAUCCAGCAGCAGUGGCAGCAAUUGCAAGUGCAGGGGCAGUAUGAGCAGCAGCAGCUGCAGUUGCAGCAGCAAGAGGAGGAUGGUAAAGAGCAGGCAACUGCAGGGCCAUCCACAACAACAACAGCCGGGCAGCCACGCCAGACGCACGCCGGCAGCUCUGUGGGCGGGCGGCGGGUCGCUGUGUGUGCAGCGUGCGGCAUGGACGAGAGCGCCGCGCGGGCGCGGCUGCACCUGUGCCGCGGCUGCCGUCUGGCGUGGUUCUGCUCUGACGAGUGCUACAAGGGCUACUGGCCGGCGCACAGAGUGGCGUGCCGCGAGGAGCAGGCGCGGCGGGCGGGGCAGGCAGCUUCAAAGAUGGGCCGUGUGUAG